GGUGGAAAAUGCGUGCACAAAGCUUGUCCAGGCAGCUCAGAUGCUCCAGACGGAUCCUUACUCAGUCCCUGCUCGCGAUUACCUGAUCGAUGGGUCCCGAGGGAUCCUUUCAGGGACGUCGGACUUGCUUCUGACAUUCGAUGAAGCCGAGGUCCGUAAGAUCAUCCGUGUCUGCAAAGGGAUUCUGGAAUACCUCACCGUGGCUGAAGUGGUGGAGACCAUGGAAGACUUGGUGACCUACACGAAGAACCUGGGACCAGGUUAG